AUGGGAGACAUCGUCUACUUUCGAAAAGGCACUCCAAGUGAAUUUUCUCUGCCAAUGACACUGGCUCUGAUGAUUGUGCUUCGCAGAAUGGUUUUCCCUGCUCGCUUAGUAGAUUUAUCUCUGCUCUUUGGAAAGGGAAAGUCUACUCUCAGUGUCAUCUUCAAUGAAAUGAUAGAGAAGAUUUAUAUUAAGUUCUAUUCAGCCUUGAAGUUUGACUACUGUCAAUUCCGGGAAUCAAACCUGAUGCGCUUCAGCCGAGCCAUUAGAGAAAGAUCACCGGCAAUGUACUGUGUUGGGUUUAUUGAUGGAACCUUCAAUAAGAUAGCAAGGCCCAUUGUUGAUCAAGAGGGGGCAUACAAUGGCCAUUACCGAGGACAUGGUUUGAAGUACCAAGCAGUGGUAACACCUGAUGGUAUUACUUCGUCCAUCAUGAGGCUAGACUGUGAUAGAAAUCAUAAUGUGUGCAUGUACUGCGAAAGUCAAUUGGAUGUCAUGAUGUGUGUAGCAUUUGACUUUACAAGCAUAAAUGGUCUAUGCUAUUACUUGUAUGGUGAUCCGGCAUGUACCACAUCAGACCAUAUGAUGAUUCUUUACAGAAGAUAUAAUCUUAUGGCUUAUAUAUUUUUUGUUUUAAAAAUGGCUGAUGAGCAAAAACUUGCUAUCAACAAAAGUAUGUCUGCUGUGCGAAUUUCCGCGGAGCACGAGUUUGCUCAUGUCGGGAGUCUGUGGGCUUUCUUAAAGUACUCACAGACCCAAAGAAGUGGUCAGUCCCCAGUGGGACUAUAUUAUAUUGUUGGAACGUUCUUGAAGAACCUCCAUGUCUGUUAUAAUGGAGGAAACCAGACAAGCAAAAAGUACGGUGUUGCUCCUCCUACACCAGAGCAGUACAUUUAUGGAUUAUUAAACCAAUAA